AUGCCGACUCCAUAUGACGAAUUAUAUUACAUAUCCACUCUACAAUACGACUCAAAUAUGCAGUUUAUGCUGCAAAGAGGUCGUGCUUUGUGGCUAUUAGCAGUUUAUAAAUUUCUAAAAACAUUCUUUGUCUACUUUGUUGAGCUGAAUGUCGAAGCUUUUAAUAAACCGACUUACUUGGAAAAUAUAUGGGCUAUAAGUAGUGAAUUGCCUUUGUCGGUACCAAUUAAAGGUGAAAUACCGAUACGCCUAGACUUUGAAUUCUGUUCGUACUCUCAAGACGAUGAUGAGUAUUUAAGAAAAUCAAAAGGUAAUAUUUUAGUUUUGUUGAACAAUGCAAUUCAAAAAAAUUACUGGAAUUACCUUUUGUUUAAAUGCAAACGCUUUUCUGCAGUUGAACAUUUGUUGUUCUGA